AUGACGGCCGUCCAAACUGCCAUCGUCACGCCCAAACUGCUGGACUCCCUCCGCGCCCAGCCAGACCUACCUGAUGAUGUAUGGUAUCUAGUCAUCGCAACAGCCCUCUGCGUUCUCAACCGGCCAGAGGAGAUUCGGACUGUAUACACGCAUGCCGUGGGCGCAGGCCAUGGGAACGCCGGCCAGCAGAACGGCACAGUCAUCCCAGAUGACGAGGAGCAGUUGAGGAUCGCGCGGCGGAUGCGCGAGGCUCUGCUCAAGACAUCUGCCAUAGCAGGCUUGCCCAAGACCAUCAACGCCCUCCAAGAGCUCAAGAAAGUCGUCCCCACCCACCUAUCCGACGAGCCCAACAGCCCCUCACCCACCAACCGCCGACAAGACGUGCACGACACACCCACGGCCCAGGUAUUGGGGCGCGGACAGAGCUUCUUCGACGCCUGCUACGGCAAGGUGGCAGGCAGGGUGAUGACGGCCCUGGACCACAGCGGGACCGAGGACCUGGGUUUGGCGGUGCGGCUCACAUAUGGGUAUAUUUUGAGCACGACGGCGGUUCUGGACGAGGUUGAGACUUCUUAUGUUAUGAUUGCGGGGUUGGUGCCGCAGGAUGUGAACCCACAGCUCAAGGGACACCUCAAGGGAGCCCUGAACGGCGGCGCAAGUGUGGGACAAGUGCGCGCGGUAAGACAGGUGGCCAUCCACGUGUGCAAGGCUGCCGGCAUGAGGGUCUUGUCGGAGGGAGGUGGUGGGUGGGGGUGGAGGACCGAGGUUCAAGAUCUCUAA